AGACUUUUAUUCUGAACUAAAAGGAAUAAAAAUGAAUUUAUGUGGAAAAAACAUCUUCUCAAGAAGCACCUGCUGUCUUACCCAGUUUAAAUCAUUUUCACAUAGUAAUGGUUCUAGUGCUCUUCAUUUUAAGCUUACUAAUCUUUUAGAAAAUUAUGCUCUAAGUGAUGGUGAUGCUAGAGAAAAGCUUAAAGUCAGUGCUAGCAGACGAGGAUGUGAAGUUAAUAUUAAUUACUUGGUGGAUAUAGCAACUAAGUUUUCCUUAAAUUCAGUUACAUCUGAAGAUGAAUUAAUAAAUAUGUACAAAAAUCUGUCUAAGUUACCAAAUGCUACUUGUCCAAUUGCUGAAGAACUUUCUGGACCAAAAAUCAUCGGAUUAUUUGGGACAAAACGUGUCUUGGAUGAUGCCUUGAUGCUUGAGCAGCUCUCCCACCAUGGAGUUGACAUGAACAUGACUGGCAAUUUCACAGGCAGUCGCAGUUAUUAUCUUAGAGGCUCAAUGGCGCAUCUAGAAUCUAAACUGACCCAGUAUGCACUUGAGCAUCUCAAGAGAAAGGGCUUCAAGUUGAUGUCUGUGCCAGACCUGGUGACUGAAGACAUUCUGGAAAGCUGUGGUGUGCCAGUGCAUGGCGAGAGAACAAUGGUGUACUCUGUUAGCCCCAGUCACUUGGGCUUGCCAUCACCCAGCAAAGAAGAAUCAAAGAAAGUGUGUUUAUCGGGCACAUCAGAGAUGGCAUUGGGAGGCUGGCUUCGUAAUCACAGCUUUACUGAGGAGCAGCUACCACUCAAGUUGUGUGCUGUGUCUCGCUGCUAUAGAGCCGAGACCAGCAAACUCAAGCUGGAACAAGGCAUUUUUAGGGUUCAUCACUUCACAAAGGUAGAGAUGUUUGGAAUAACAUCCAAUGAAACAGGCCAAGAGAGUGAUGAUCUUUAUCAAGAGCUUGUGCAAAUACAGAUUGAACUGCUGCAAGGACUUGGGCUCCACGGACAGGUUGUGCUGAUGCCACCGGAAGAGCUGGGCAAUCCUGCGUACAGCAAGACGGACCUGGAGGUUUGGUUGCCAGGGCGUAGACGCUAUGCUGAGCUCACCUCAGCCUCAAACUGCACGAGCUACCAGGCUGCUCGUCUCGGUGCUUCUUAUGUCAACAAGAAAGGCCAGCGCAAGUUGGUGCACACUGUGAACGGUACGGCCGUGGCGGUGCCGCGCUGCAUCAUCGCGCUCUGCGAGACCCACCAGGAGGCCACCGGCAGACGCGCUCUGCAACUGCCCGCAUUUUUGGGUCUCGCUCCUGCCCAUCCCCAGCAGUUUCAGCCCAAUGAAACAUCAGUCGAUACUGGCCAUGAACACAAUGCAUUUCUCAAUAAAGUAAUGGUUUACAACGAACAAUGCCUGAGAAAAGUACUUCCAUUGAAAAACUAUGAAGAUUUAAUAGAUUCUGAUGAAAAUUAAUGGUCGUGUAUUAGUAUAAUAUAGAAUUAUUU